AAACAUCGUUGGAACUGUUUAUCCUGACGUCAGUUUGAACGGCUCGCACUGCCCCCGUAUCACUUCACGCGACUCUGAACUGAGCUUCGGCUGGAUUUCGGGAAUCGAUGAACUUCGCCAUCCAAACUACUGGAGCCUCUGAAAUGAUUUCGGCUUGCUUUCCCAACUGGACUAACAACAUAAAAUGAAUACCUGCGCAUUUCUCUUGAUCCUGGCGGUUCAGAUUCACGCCGACAGCGUAGAGGGACCAACAGCGGGCUGCACGUUUGAUGAGGACUCCGACCCCAGCCUGUGCGAGUUCAGCCAAGGGGAGGAGGAUGACUUUGAUUGGCAGCUGUUCCGCGCUCAUGCCUCGCCACACUCCACCUCUGAUCUCUUGCGUGGCUCCUACAUGAUGGUCAACUCCUCCCAGCAUGCAGCGGGGCAGAGGGCUCAGCUUCUGCUACAGACGCUAAGUGAAAACGACACGCACUGCGUGCAGUUCAGCUACUUCCUGUACAGCAGAGAUGGCCACAGCCCAGGGGCGCUGCGGUCUUAUGUGCGGGUCAAUGGUGGGCCGCUUGGCAUUCCCGUGUGGAAUGUCUCUGGCUCACGUGGACGACAGUGGCACCAGGUGGAACUAGCAGUCAGCACUUUCUGGCCAAAUGAGUACCAGAUAUUGCUGGAGGCGACUGUGGACCGCAAAGGCUACAUUGCAGUUGAUGACAUACUCCUGUUGAACUACCCCUGUUAUAAAGCCCCUCAUUUUUCCCGUUUGGGGGAUGUGGAGGUCAACGCUGGACAAAACGCCACUUUCCAGUGUGUGGCAGCUGGACGUCCCAAUGAAGCAGAGAAGUUUCUGUUGGAGCGGCACAAGGGUGAAGUGUCUUCAGGUGGUUCUGUCAAGCACUUGGGCCGCAACCGCUUCUCAGUGUCCUUUCAACUGGAGGACGUCCAGAAGCCAGAGCAGGACCUCUACCGCUGCGUCACACAGUCCUCCAGAGGCUCCGGUGUCUCCAACUUUGCUGAACUCAUUGUCAAAGUUCCUCCAUCUCCCAUUGCUCCACCCCAGCUUUUGAGAGCGGGUUCCACGUAUUUGAUCAUUCAACUAAACACAAACUCCAUUCUGGGCGAUGGCCCCAUCAUCCGUCGGGAAAUCGAAUAUCGGGCCAGCCAGGCACCUUGGUCAGAGAUCCUUGGAGUUAACAUGGUUACCUAUAAGCUCUGGCACCUGGAUCCAGAUACAGAGUACCAUAUCAGUGUGCUGCUCACCCGGCCGGGCGAGGGUGGGACGGGACCACCGGGACCACCCCUCAUCAGCAGAACUAAAUGUGCAGAGCCCAUGCGGGCACUGCGUGGUCUUCGAGCUUUAGAGAUCCAGUCCCGUCAGCUGACCUUGCAGUGGGAGACGCCAGCCUUCAACCUGACCCGCUGCCACACGUACUCAGUCUCCUUGUGUUACCGCUACACGACUGCAGGGGGUGGCGGUGGGCACAACACCACGGUGAGAGAAUGCCUGGCUGUGGAGCACAACACUUCACGCUUCACCCUCAGAGAUCUGCCUCCUUUUCACACCAUCCAAAUACGCCUGGCACUCGCCAACACAGAGGGCAAGAAGGAAGGGAAGGAGGUCAUGUUUCAAACUGAGGAGGACAUUCCCGGAGGCAUUGCUCCUGAGUCUCUUACCUUCACUCCACUUGAAGAUAUGAUUUUCCUUAAGUGGGAGGAGCCGGUGGAACCCAAUGGUCUCAUCACACAGUAUGAGAUCAGCUACCAGAGUAUUGAAUCAUCAGACCCCGGGAUCAACGUUCCAGGCCCGAGGCGCACCGUUUCCAAACUGAGGAACGAGACUUACCAUAUGUUCUCCAACCUGCAUCCUGGCACCACCUACCUGAUCUCUGUGCGGGCGCGCACCGCCAAAGGCUUCGGCCAAACAGCACUCACGGAGAUCACCACCAACAUCUCUGCGCCUACAUUUGAUUAUGGAGACAUGCCGUCCCCUCUGAGUGAGACAGAAAGCACCAUCACAGUCCUACUGCGUCCAGCACAAGGCCGAGGAGCUCCAGUCAGCACAUAUCAAGUGAUUGUGGAGGAGGAAGCUGGUAGGAAGGUGAAGAGAGAACUGGGUGUUCAGGACUGCUUCCUCAUUCCAACAUCUCACGGUGAGGCUCAGGCCCGUGGUGCUCCACACUACUAUACAGCUGAACUUCCUCCAAGCAGCCUGCCCCAGGCUACACCCUUUACUGUGGGGGACAACCACACCUACAACGGCUACUGGAACAGCCCUCUGGACCCCAGGAAGAACUACCUCAUCUACUUCCAGGCCAUGAGCAACUUUAGAGGCGAAACAAGGAUAAACUGCGUCCGCAUCGCCCGUAAAGCCGCCUGUAAAGACCAUCAGCGUGCUCUUGAGGUCACACAGCGCUCAGAGGAGAUGGGGCUCAUCCUAGGAGUGUGCGCUGGUGGGCUGGUGGUCCUGAUACUGCUACUUGGGGCCAUUAUCAUAAUCAUUAAAAAAGGAAGGGAUUACUACUCAUACUCUUAUUAUCCUAGGAAGCCGGUGAACAUGAAUAAGACCCCCAUGACGUACAGGCAAGAGAAGAGUAAUAUGAUAGGCUCCAUGGAGCGCAGUUUCACUGAUCAGAGCACUCUGCAGGAGGACGAGAGGAUGGCCUUGUCAUUUAUGGACACCCAUACGUGCAGCACUCGCAGUGAUCCACGGAGCUCUAUGAAUGAGUCCAGCAGUCUUCUGGGCGGAUCGCCUCGACGUCAGUGUGGCCGCAAAGGAUCGCCCUAUCACACGGGUCAGCUUCACCCGGCAGUGCGUGUGGCUGACCUCCUACAACACAUCAACCAGAUGAAAACUGCAGAAGGUUAUGGCUUUAAACAGGAAUAUGAGAGCUUCUUUGAUGGCUGGGAUAUCAAUAAGAAGAAGGAUAAAACUAAGGGAAGGCACGAUACCCUGAUGGGUUAUGACCGUCACAGGGUGAAACUGCACCCACUGCUAGGUGAUCCCAACUCUGAUUAUAUCAAUGCCAAUUACAUCGAUAUUCGGAUAAACAGGGAAGGUUACCAUCGAUCCAACCACUUCAUCGCCACUCAGGGGCCCAAGCAGGAGACAGUGUAUGAUUUUUGGAGGAUGGUUUGGCAAGAAAACUGCUUUAGUAUCGUCAUGAUCACCAAGCUAGUGGAGGUGGGCAGGGUGAAAUGCUGCAAGUAUUGGCCAGAUGAGUCAGAGAUGUACGGAGACAUUAAGAUCACACUGCUGAAGACCGAAACUCUGGCGGAGUACACAGUGCGAACUUUUGCCCUGGAGCGGAGAGGAUACUCCGCCAAACAUGAAGUAUGUCAGUUUCACUUUACAUCAUGGCCUGAGCAUGGAGUCCCAUACCAUGCCACGGGUCUGUUAGCCUUCAUCCGGCGGGUCAAAUCCUCCACGCCACUCGACGCAGGGCCUGUGGUGGUCCACUGCAGUGUGGGAGCAGGCAGGACAGGCUGCUAUAUCGUGCUGGAUGUAAUGCUGGACAUGGCAGAGUGUGAAGGAGUGGUGGACAUUUACAACUGUGUGAAGACCCUCUGCUCUCGCCGCAUCAACAUGAUCCAGACAGAGGAGCAGUACAUAUUUAUUCACGAUGCCAUCCUGGAGGCGUGCCUGUGUGGGGAGACGGCCAUCCCGGUAAACGAGUUUGCCCUGGCUUACAAAGAGAUGCUGAGGGUGGAUUCUCAGAGCAACUCUUCACAGCUACGAGAGGAGUUCCAGACGCUAAACUCGGUGACUCCUCAUCUGGAUGUCGAGGAGUGCAGCAUUGCCUUGUUACCACGAAACCGCGAGAAGAACCGCAGCAUGGACGUUCUCCCACCUGACAGGGCCCUCGCCUUCCUGGUGACCACUGAGGGAGAAAGUAACAACUACAUUAACGCGGCACUGAUGGAUAGUUUCCACCGGCCUGCUGCCUUCAUUGUAACCCCUCACCCGCUGCCCGGCACAACCUCUGACUUCUGGAGGCUGGUGUUUGACUAUGGCUGCACCUCUGUGGUCAUGCUGAAUCAGCUGAACCAAUCAAACUCUGCUUGGCCUUGUGUGCAGUACUGGCCCGAACCAGGUCUUCAGCAGUAUGGUCCUAUGCAAGUGGAGUUUCUGUCCAUGUCUGCAGAUGAGGACAUCAUCACCCGGCUUUUCCGGGUCAAAAACGUAACAAGAUUGCAGGAGGGUCAGCUAGUCGUGUGCCAGUUCCAGUUCUUGCGCUGGUCUGCAUAUCGUGAUGUGCCUGACUCCAAAAAGGCCUUCCUCAACCUGCUGGCCAAUGUGCAGAAGUGGCAGAGGGAGUGUGGGGAAGGUCGUACAGUAGUCCACUGCCUGAACGGUGGUGGCCGCAGCGGAAUGUACUGUGCUAGCAACAUCCUGAUGGAAAUGAUCCAGUACCAGAACAUGGUGGACGUCUUCUAUGCCGUCAAGACCCUGCGUAACGCUAAGCCCAACAUGGUGGAGACACUGGAGCAGUAUCGUUUCUGUUAUGAGCUGGUUCUGGAGUAUUUGGACUGCUUGGAGGUCAGAUAGCGGAAUCCCCCCCCCAUCCCGCCAUGCUGACUUCACUGCAUGGAGCAGGACCACCAGCAGGCUCACUUUCACACCCUCAAUCACCUCUGCUUACCUUCUU